CUCCGUGUCUCUAUUCUCUCUGGACUUCCCUUCUUCCACCUCCGUGCUCCGUAAAGUCCGUUCGUAUCGUCUCUAUACACGCCCCCUCCCUGCGGGAAUCAACCAACAUUUCACAUUUUCAGCUCGCAACUUCCGUGAUCUUCACCUGUAUAGUCUAGAUACUUCUGCAAAAGGGAAGUAGGUAUUUGCUCGGCCCUUCUGAGGCCUGGAAACCAGUGAGAACCAAGGGAGCCAGAGCCAAUAUCAAAAACGAAACGGGCGAACCAGACAGUCGAACCGAGUAAGCACCAAACUUACUUACCACUCACAGAGUCACGAUAUACGUUAUCCAUGGUUCUAGUCCAAAGAUAGAUCCAAACUCUCUUUUUCUUUGUUGUCUCCCCUCUCUCUCUGUCAGCCUGUCCUCUCUUUUCCCCCACCUGGGACUACCGGCCGAUCAACAACACUCCAUGUCAACCUGCGCCUUAUCCCAUCGUGCCAUCUUACGAGAUUCCAAAAGCUUAGCUAUGAGGUAAAAUGCUCUCAUUUCAACCCUAGAUCCCUUGCUCCCCAUGUCCAACUCUCCUAAACAGGCAGUGAUCUUUCCUUUCUCCCUCUUGGACCCCUUCCCUCUGUCACUCCCCACGUCCUGAAUAACUCCGAGGGAAAAUGAAUCGCAAAAGUCACAAAAGUGAGGCUGGAUUCACGAAUUUCGCCUACCUAAACCCCACGCUUGACCGUACUUCAGGCCCUGCCUUGCCAAGACCGAAGAUUCGCAGGGACGGUUUUUUUACGUUAACCGUACAGCGUACAUAGUUCCCCCACGCGGGUUCGACUGCGGGCGACGGCGGGCGAGAACGCGGGUCGACGGGGCACGAGCGCCGAAAGGGGGGAGGGACCCCCCAUCGGAGUGGGUUCCCGCCCCGGAUAGCAUCACGGGGUGGUUGAUCACUGAUGAUGGUGAGAAGACAGGCGGUCAGGGUAAGUAAGUUACAGAAAGGAGUAGGUAUUUUCGUCGAUGAAUCGGGUAAAGAUGGUGACCAAAUUAAUUUACUAGGAUUAUGACGAAAUACUCCGAAUAAUUCAUCCGGAUAUGCCGUAAUCCUUACCCACGCCCAUCACGGGAAAAAUAAGGAAAUACCUAAUGGGAAAGAGAAGAAAAAGUAUAUUUGUACCCUUCAACCUGGAUGGUCCUUUGGCAGGGUCUUGCCGGCGGCAGAAGAUCGUGAGACGACACCAAGUGGUUCCCCCUCUAGCCUCUCUUUUCCCCUAUUUUGCACCUGUGCGUAAGGUAGGUACCGUGUAGGAGCGCGCGCGCUCUCGCGCGGAAUCUGAUGGCCACGACUAAUACGACGCCCCCCCUCCUUCUUCUAUUUUGCCUAUUUUGCACCAUGUUCCCCUAUCGGAAAGCCACAAUGGCGAAGCUACGGAAAGACAGCGUGACCAAAGACGCUCAGACGGUGGAGAUUUGGUGAAGGACAGCUCCGUGGUCCUCCGUAGGCACGGAGCGGGCGGGCUGAGGGACUACCUCAGAAAGGGAAAGGAGGAAAACGUGGGAAAACGUGGAUGCAUAUCGGCCGACCGCAACGUCUAGUGUAGCUCGACCGAACGGAGAUGGAUGGAUGGGGAGGGGCGACGAGCGAUGGAGAUGAAAGAUGGAGAUAAUCGACAACUAGAACAAAAAUAGGGGCUCCCUCGGGGGAGUUGCAGCUAACGGCGAUGUUGCCAUCAAAGGCAAAGGUCCCAGGAUAGGCAAAAAAAAAAAAAAAAAGUUUCCUAACUAAGAGAAGAAAAUUGGCCUUCUUGAAUCGCGAACGUGACCCUCUUCGAACGUCACUGGAGUUCGCGCGACGUUGCAAAUCUCCUCAACUUCUGCCCAGCUCCGCAUGCCGGAAGAACCGGCGGAGCGGCGAUUGUCGUUGCACGACUCGAGUUUGUCGCCUCCCUCAUCCGAAUGCUAUUGUGCGAAAGCUGACUCCGCAAAACCCGCAAGGCGCAGUACCUAAUUACUCACAACUCAAAUCUUGUUAGUCGUCUUUUUUUUUUCCUUUUCUUCCUGGUGUUCUGGGCCCACGCCGUUCCUCUCUCUCUCACUCUCCAAACAUCCGAUGUGUGAGCGUCAAGGUCUGCUGCGACUGCUCCCUUCUCUAACCUACGGUACGGUACGGAGAGGCUGGACUUGCAUACUCAACCAAGUCAUGACCCCGGUUUACAGCUGGUCAUGGAUGAUCCUAAUCAUGCUGCCUUCAUUGUUUUGUUGCUUAUACAGAAAAAAGAUGAGAGCUGAGGAAAAACAACAACGACAACCGGCAACACGAGGCAGGAUGGUUUCACCAGCCGUCAUUGUCUAUGCUUGUUCAUCCAGCUAUUACAGAUACGCCCUCUUCGUGCCUUGAUCUUCGAUGGUUAGCGUCGGUCGGUAUGCUGGAUGGUGAUGGUGUCGAUUAGGCAGGUUUCGCUAGGCCUGUUGGGAAUCAUUCGGAUACGUCCUAUAAUGUCUCCCGAGUAGUGCGCAAGGCUAGACGCCAAAGGGGGCCACCUUCGGGUUUGCGUGAGGGGACACUACCGUAGAAACUCGAGCAACUCGAACUUGCGCUAGCCCGUGCCAGCCCUGCUAGCGCUCUAGCAGAAUCGUAAUACUGCCU